CCCGUGCCCGCCGGACGUCCCUACAGCGCCAUGGACCUCAUGAUGUACACGCCUGAUAAGAUGAUGACGGGCAAGAGUCCGCUGCCCAUCUCGGCUCCUGGGCCAUGCUUCCCUGGUCGUUACUCACCGACCUACCGCAGCCCCGACCCCAUGCGGCGCUGCAUGCCCAACCCUUCGCAAUAUGGAUGUGCUGUGAAUGUAAGUCGCAUGUCCACGCAAAACUUAUGUUACCCUAUUACAACAAGUGGAAGAUUCCUAAAGUUACAGAUCGAGCUCUACAUCCGGAAUGAUUCGUUGACCGUCGCAUGCGUUUUCCCACAAAUCCUUUACGUAGCUGAGAACCAUCUUGCAGAGGGCAGGAACACUAUGUUUGCCAUGCAAGUGCCAGCGGGGGUGAGUCACAGCGCAGGCCGGACAGCAGCUGGUCGUUCCGAGCCACUGGUCGGCCCAGGGCCCGCUCUUGCCGCGCAACAAAUGACAGCCUUUGUCGCCGCUGACACCACCGUCGUCGUCGUCACCUCACAAAUCACUUGCACAUCGAUCUGUCCGCGCCCUCCUCGCGCUCUACUGUCCUGUCCUGUCCACUCUGCCGGACAUUUUACUUCCAACUUCACACUCGAUGCUCCCACACAUGUCAAGGUCGAAAAUGAUCCGUGGACUGGUAGGUCGCUGGAGUCGGCUCCUCCGAGUCGUAUCCUGGAGGAUGCUUCCAUCAUGUGCAACUCCUGGUCCCCCAGACACAAUGGAGACCUGUUCAGCGGUCUGAACGACGGCCUGCUGAGCCGGGCAGAGGCUCUGGCGGCGGUCGACAUCGGCAAACACCAGUCAAACCCCACCCCAGGACUUCCCCAGCUCAAACAUGACAUGAUGUACCACCACGGCAUGGGCGCGCCUCACCCCGGACCACCAAACACGAGGCCACAUCAGAUGAGUCACCACCAUGGCAUGGAAGGACUAGAAAUGCUGGAUCCUAUCUCCUCCUCAGCCAUGACGACACUAACGCCGAUGUCAGACAGCGGAGUCGGGGCCAGCGGCCACCCUCAACUUCACGCACCCUCAGUCUACCCGGGCAUGAAUACCAUGAUGGGGGGCCACCACCAUCACCACCACCACCACCACGGCAGUCCGCUGGGUGGCCACGGACCGCCGGGACACCACCACCACGGGCAUCAUCCCGGCAUGGUGCAACACCCGGACGCCGACACUGACCCGCGCGAGCUGGAGGCCUUCGCGGAGAGGUUCAAACAGAGGAGGAUAAAACUGGGGGUGACACAGGCAGACGUCGGGAAGGCGCUGGCCAACCUGAAGCUCCCGGGAGUCGGGGCCCUCUCACAGUCUACCAUCUGUCGAUUCGAGUCCUUAACGCUGUCCCACAACAACAUGAUAGCGCUGAAGCCCAUCCUGCAGGCGUGGCUGGAGGAGGCGGAGGCGCAGGCGAAGAACAAAAGAAGAGACCCCGACGCGCCCAGCGUGCUGCCCGCGGGAGAGAAAAAGCGGAAGAGGACGUCGAUAGCGGCUCCGGAGAAGAGGUCGCUGGAGGCGUACUUCGCCGUUCAGCCGAGACCGUCAGGGGAGAAGAUCGCGGCGAUAGCGGAGAAACUGGACCUGAAGAAGAACGUCGUCAGAGUGUGGUUCUGCAACCAGAGGCAGAAACAGAAGCGGAUGAAGUUCGCUGCGCAACACUGACAGAUGGGAUACUCCGGGUGACGUGCAAUAAGUGAGACGGACACUGAAAGUGACGACAAGAACUUUACAUAUCAAGGCUAUGUGCCGUUCAUAUAGACAAUUGUACAUAUAGAGACGUUGUCGACGUUUUGUAACCCAAGAAACAAUGCCCGCUGUAUACCUAGCUCUAACUUAGCGAGUAAUGUCAUAGCAAUCUCGGUGUUCAAUAUUUCCGUUCGGUUACGUUCCUUCGUUUUCUAGUUCUAGUCAGUUCUAUGUACAAACGUUCGUAACUUUAGUUUUGUAAAUACGUUAUUAAUGUAUGGCAUUAAACCAAAGGUUUUAAAUAUUA